CCUAGUAUAAAAUUGUCUUCAGUUUUUAAAUGUCAUCCUUUCUCAGACCUCCGCAACAGUCGCGGGUUUCAUAAUUUCCCCGCUGACCAAAACUACCGUUUAUUCUUACCCUCGACGAACGCAUUCGAGAAGCGUCAACUUAGUCUCCCCAAUCCUUGCAGGAGGGUUUCCUCAGAUUUCGUUCAUCGACUAGGAGUGACAUUUUUCGUGCAUCGUAACACCAUGUCAACGUUUCCAGUUCUUCAGGAAAGUGAAGGAGAAUGGACUUCGGAUAAAACUGUUGAAAUCUUGGGAUUAAGAAUUCCUGCAUAUUUCGUUCCCGUUCCUCAGUUGCUGCAUGAUUUCAUCACUGGUUUUCAAACCAGGCCAGACGAUGUGUUUGUUGUGAGCUAUCCUAAAUCAGGGACUACAUGGGUUCAAGAAAUUGUCUGGCAGAUUUAUCACAAUGGAGAAAUCAACAGUGGUAAAAUUGAAGAUCGUGUCCCAUUUGUGGAAGAAGCAGCUAACCCCAAAUCAUCUCAGCCUGACAUUACAACUUUACCAAGUCCUCGUCUUCUCAAGACCCAUCUCACUUAUGAAGCCAUCCCCAAGGCUAAAAACAACAUUACAAGCUGUAAAUAUAUUUACAUUGCCCGUAAUCCUAAAGAUGCUGCAGUGUCAAGCUAUAAAUUUAUUAAAAGCCUUGGAUCUAGUACAGGAUUGAGUGCCCCAUGGGAAUAUUACGUGAAGCUUUUUAUUGAAGGCAAAACCAUGUGGAGCCAGUGGAAUGAUCAUGUCUUGGGAUGGUGGGAGCACAGACAUGAUUCCAAUGUCCUGUUCCUUAAAUAUGAAGAUCUUCAAAAGGAUCUUCUGUCAAACGUUCGAAUAAUUGCUGAUUUCCUCAACAAGCCUCUGUCAGAUGACCUCGCCAAUCUCAUUGCCGAGCAGUGCACUUUCAAAGGAAUGAUGAAGAAUAUGCAAAGCUACUUGUUAAGAGGCAAGGAAGAUGGUCCAAAGUUACUUCAGAAAGGUGUGGUCGGUAACUGGAGGGAACAUUUCACCCCAGAGUUGAACGAGAGAUUUGAGAAGGAAGUUUUGGCAAAAUUGAAAGGGUCUGGAUUAGAGUUUGACUUUGAACUGUGACAGAUCAGUAUUUUCUCCUUUGCAGAGGCUCGGACCAUACGGUCAAUGUACAAUAGCAUGUGAAGUCGACAUGAUAACCCAAUAUCUGUAGCAGAUUUCGUUUGUCAUGUCGAAUUCAAAGUGUACUUAGUUUCCAAGCCUCUAGUCUGUGUAGUGUUCGCAAACUUUUGGAAACUUAGAGAGAAGUGUCCCCUUUUGCAGAUUUUUAAAAAGUAUAUAAUAAAACAAUUAUGGAAUUCA